AUGGUGAGUGUAGAUGCGAGGGGCUAUGAUGUGCCAGAGGGAGUUAAAAUAAGGGGAAGAUAUGAUGAAGAAUUUGCUUCAAUUUUGAGCAAGGAUGCUCUGCAGUUUGUUGUGGAUUUGCAGAGAGAGUUCAUGAAAGAUAUUGAGUAUGCUAUGGAUUGCAGGAAGGAGGCUCAGGUGAGGUACAAUAAUGGGGAGUUGCCGGGGUUCGAUCCGGCGACCAAGUACGUCAGAGAAGGCGAGUGGGCCUGCGCAGCCGUGCCGCCGGCCGUGGCUGAUCGGAGGGUUGAAAUCACUGGGCCUGUGGAUAGGAAGAUGGUCAUCAAUGCACACAAUUCCGGAGCCCAGGUUUUCAUGGCUGAUUUCGAAGAUGCAGUUUCAGCAAGCUGGGAGAAGAUGGUAAGAGGGCAGGUUAACUUGAGAGAUGCUAUGAGUGGCACUAUAAUGUUCCACGAAGAAGGCAGCGACACAGUUUACAAACUCAACCAACGCAUCGCCACGCUCUUCGUCCGCCCCAGAGGCUGCCAUCUGCCGGAGUCUCACAUCCUCAUCGACGGCCGCCCCGCCGCCGCCUGCCUCGUCGACUUCGGCCUCUACUUCUUCCACAAUUGCUCCAUAUUUCGCCAAACCCAAGGCCAAGGCUUCGGACCCUUUUUCUAUCUCCCCCAAAUGGAACACUCCAGGGAAGCCAGGAUAUGGAAUCGAGUCUUCGAAAAGGCGGAGAAGGUGGCCGGAAUCGACAGGGGCAGCAUCCGGGCCACCGUGCUGAUCGAAACACUUCCGGCAGCGUUUCAGAUGGAUGAAAUUCUUCAUGAAUUGAAGGAUCACUCCGCCGGAUUGAACUGCGGCCGGUGGGACCACAUUUCCAGCUACGUUAAGGCGUUCGAAGCUCAUCCCGGCCGCCUUCUCCCCGACAGAAUCCAGCUAUCCAAUUUGCUAAUCAGGACUUGCCACAGGCGCGGCGUCCACGCCAUGGGAGGAAUGGCGGGUCAGAUUCCGAUCAAAGAUGAUCCGGAGGCGGGCGUGGAGCUGGUGAGGAAGGAGAAGCAGAGAGAAGUGGAGGCAGGGCACGAUGGGACGUGGGCGGCCCACCUUGGGCUCAUCCCGGGGAUCAUGGAGGUUUUCGAGGGCAGGAUGGGCGGCAGGGCCAACCAGAUACAAGGCGUGGCGAUGGAGCCGAGAGGCGUAGGCAGCGUGGAGGGCCUGCGGCUCAACACAAGGGUGGGGAUCCAAUACCUGGCGGCGUGGCUCACCGUGCCGCUCUAUGGCCUAAUGGAGGAUGGUGAGAUAAGCAGGGUGCAGAUGUGGCAGUGGCUCAAAUACGGGGCGGAUUUGGAUGGAGACAGGCUCGGCUUCAAGCUCACUCCUUCCCUCUUCCACGGAGUCGUCGCCGAGGAAAUGGCCAGGAUUCGGAGCGAGGUCGGGAACGACAGGUUUCGUAGCGGAAUGUAUGAGGAGGCUUGCAAGAUAUUCACCAGGGAAUGCUUGGAGGAUUUUCUCACCCUUGAUGCCAAUAGAAAAAUCCGUGUCCCUGUCGUUGUUAAGUCUGAGGACGUCUGAAUCGUUUUCGUUGUUGUUGUUGUUGUUGUCGUCGUCGUCGUUGUUGUUGUAGUCUAUAACUUAUGUUGCAAUGUCAGCUCAUGUUUCUUCUUGGUGUUUGUGUUGUU